AAAAAUGCAAUCUCAAAAAGCCGGCAAGCAUUUAAAUAAAGGAAAGGUUUAGGAAAAUUAUCUAAAUUAGAUUAUUCGAUACACAACUAUAGAACAGUAAAAGCAAUAUACAAAAGAACCUUUCAUAUAGACAGAAGAUGCGUUUGAGUAAAUUUUUUAUUCAAAUGACAGCAUGGAUCGUUGAUGCUUUAAGCUGCAUAGCUUUAGGGGCAUUUUUGGAUAGUACCUGCUUUUAGCUGCAUAGUUUUAUAGUCGAUGUACGAUUUCGUCCAUUUUCAAAGUGUGUUAUAGGAAUGGCUGGGUAACCUCACAUAACAAAAUUUGGUUGACAUUAGUUCGAUAGUUUCUAAGAUAUAGGAUUUCACCUAAGGGUUGGCGGUGCCACGCCCAUUUUAAAAUUUUUUGCGUCGUAUUAAACCAGCAGAAACACCGUGAUAAUACAUUGUCCAAAUGCAAUAUAUUGCUAGCCGAGUUAAAGAACUUGAAGCUGAUUUGGAUGAUAUAAUCAUUGAUUGUUUGAAUGACAAAUCUACUUAUGUACCGAGCGGAAAACUUUCACAGUCCAAGCGACCAUCCAGACAAAGGCCAAACCAGCUUUAAGUGGACAAGUGGAUAUAAGCAGCGUACGUUAUUUUAGUUGCUUUCAACAUGGCAUCAGAAUGCUUGUACGGCUCCCAGACGUCCACCGAAUUCAUGCUUCAUGUGCUCCGAAAUCGGCCACACACGCCAAAACUGUCCUCGUUUCGCUACACCAGGAAACAACCGAAUAUUGCAGCCGCUGUAGGAGAUGAUGCAAAUCCUGAAGUCCGUCAACAGGCAGAACGAUUUUCUUCAAAUAAUUUGUUUCAUAAAACGGUCUUACGUGUCAUAAUCAGUAAACCCCAACAGGGAACAAAAGUUGACACAAUAUCGUGGAAUCGGACGCGCCAUGUGGAACCGAUAAGAAAUCGCAUGGAUCGACAAGGCGUUGCGGCUACUUUGCUAAAUUAUCGACGAAUGACGCAGAGGCACUCAAAAAUAACCAAACGCAACUUCUAAUAUAAAAAAUAGCGGAAUAGAGCAGUGUUGAUAAAAAGUUCAAUUAUAAUUUGAGAUGAGAGCAUAAUAGCUCACAAAUAUUCCCCAAGCAUUGCACAGAACAAUGCACGAUUUAAACGGCAACGAUGAAGUUUUCAGUGGUGCUGUCUUAUCAUGGAUGGUGAAACACUUCAAUGGACCAUAAAUGUGUGCAAACAAUUACAAACUGAUCCACCCUAAGAAACAAUACAAUUUAACAAGUACGCAGUGUAUAACGAAAAAAAAGCUUAAUUAAUUGAGAGUACGUUCCGAAAAAUAAAAAUUAAUUAUUUUGGAUCAACUAACUACACUAGCGGCCAAAAAUGUAGAAGUUGAUUAAAAUAGUUUCCAGUUGCAAUAGUUGUUGCAAGUUACCAGAUGCAUUUUAAAUAACUACUGUUGAUGAUGAAAUUGGAACAAUAUAUUAUCUAGAAUCUCGGAAUUUCAUCACAUAAUCUUAGGUUAAAAAUUGGUUCACCUAUUAUUAUUCAGCGUAACUUGAAUCCAUCUUAAUUAUGUAACGGUACACGUUUGGUAAUCAAAAAUAUUACUGUAGCAACCAUUUUGACUUGAAAAUUUAAUGGAGAAAUGGUCUUCUUGCCACGUUUUCCAAUGAUACUGCCAGAUGUACAAUGCAAUACAAAAGAGCUAAAUCAAUUUGAAUUUGAAAAUGUUUAUAAAGAAAAACUAUGAAUAUUAUUGUUAAAAAUUAAGAAUGAUCUACCUUCUUCCAUUACUCAAAUGUUAUCAACUAACAACUUUGAAAAUUACUCAUUAGUUACCAACUUGAAUAUAAAGUUUAUAAAAAAAAAUCAACAUAAUAUAUUUAAUAUUUCUUUGAGCUUAAUAACAAAUCGAUGAAAAGUAGUAUCAAUAAUUUUCUAAUUUGGAAGUAAUCCGCGGGGUUAUUCUUACACCGGCAAUAACGUUUUCGUUUUUAUUCAUAAAUACAAUUUUACUGUAUUGAAUAGUUUAUAAAUAAUGUAUACCUUAGCCACAGCAAUUCGUGUACGAGAUCCUCUAGUAACCCAUUAAAAACGAGUUUUUUAAAUGUUCCUUCGGAUAUAAAAGGUGCCAAAAAAUUUUUGUGGGAGAAGUGAAUUCGAUAACCAUAAUAAUUGUCAAUAGAUAAAUGCGUUUAGUUGAAUAUAAUCCAAAUUUUUUUUACGCAACAUUAUUCUAUUCAUUUCACUCAAACUUUUUCAUUAUAAACUAAUAAAUUAAGGCCCACUUUACUUUACACCAGCUUUGACUGACAGAACCGUUUUCGCCAA